CGAAACUCUCUCAUGCGGCCACAUUUGGUUCAUUAAACACAAGAAACACUGAAAUAAAACUAGAGUAUUAUGGAAGAGCCUUCAAAGGGAAAGGGAAAGCAAGAUGGAGAAGAAAAGGGGAGGGAGGAAGUCCGGUACCGGGGAGUCCGGCGGCGGCCGUGGGGGAAGUUUGCGGCGGAGAUCAGAGAUCCGUCGAGGCAAGGGGCUCGUCUCUGGCUGGGAACGUUUGACACCGCGGAGGCGGCGGCCAGGGCUUACGAUAAGGCUGCAUUCAACCUGAGGGGCCAUCUUGCAGUACUGAAUUUUCCUAAUGAGUACUACUCUCGACUCCCGAACUCUCCUUACAACUAUCCGCCAUCGCCGUCAUCGUCGUCGUCGUCGGUUCCUGGUGAGGGUUUUCAGAGAGGAAGUUCAUCGCUAGGGCAAGAGAGGCAAGUGCUCGAGCUUGAGUAUUUGGAUGACCAAGUGUUGGAGGACCUUCUUGAAUCAGAAGAGGAGAAGAAGAAGAGGAUGGAAGAUGGUUGAGGUUUUGGUCCACUUUCCUCUCUAUCUCUUU